AUGUACACACCAAAACAAGGCCUGCCAACGUAUACAUCGGAACCAUGCCUGGCUUUUGCUUCUGUAGGCCAUGAAUUCAAAGUCUGCGAUGAGGCCUUCAAGCCACUUCUCCGAGUCUGUUUGCCUGUUCCUGAGAAUCCAUGGGUAAAUAAGAAUAGCAACCGUUGUUAUGUAAUUGAUUCAGCUAAUGGUUUGCUCUUGGUGUGGAAUGCGAAUAUUCAUAAUCUUUCCGUAUGCAAUCCAAUGACUCAUGAAUAUACAGUGCUUCCUCUUGCGGAUGUACUUAGGGAUAGCAAUGAGGUCGUUUUUGGAUUUGGUGUGAGUAAAAUAAGUGGGCAAUAUAAGAUUUUCUAUGGUGCAUAUAUAUAUGAAACUCGGUCUUGGUCUUGUUAUGUAUACACGCUAGGAGGAAGAGGACAGUCGUGGAGAAGCCUGGUUGUACCAGCACUAGGCCGUCCCAUACAACAACUAAUGAUUGCUCAAUUUUUGAAUGGAAAUCUUCAUUGGUUGACAUCGGAUUUAGCGGGAACUAAACUGAUAUGUUGCUUUGAUCUUGAAACUGAGCUCUUUACCAAUCUCUCUCUUCCCGACAAAGUAGAAUGUCACGCUGAAUUACGUAUUUUAGAAGAACGACUAUGUUUCUGUACAUAUGCUUCUCAUAUUGCUAUUUGGAGGUUGAAUUUCUAUGGAGAUAAGAAUUCUUGGAGUAAGGAAUAUUUGUUCGACAACCUACCACAUGGGAGAGGACUUCUUUACCCACUCAAAGUAGUGGCAAAUGGUGACCUGUUGUAUGCAGCGCGGUUCAAUAGAAAUCUAUUUAUCUACUCCAGAAACACUAGAACUGUUGUGACAAAUGGUCGUCUUCAAGGAUAUGACUUAUAUUCUUCUAACAUCUCUUUUUACACCCCAAGCUUUGUUUCGCUCAAAGCUAUGGGGAUUCACAAUGUUGAGUCAUUACAACACAAAAUAGUUCGUGACUCAUUGCAAAAUUGA